AUGGUACGCUGGGGCAAGCUCUUCAAUGCAGACGGCCACGACAGGCGACACCGGCUCCAAGAUGAGAUGCGAUCGCUACUGCCCGUGCGCCGCGAACGCCCGCCGCCGCCGCCCAUGCCACCGAAAGAGGUCACCAAGGUCGCGCUCCGCCUCAAGCACCAGCUCGAACAGGUAAUACCGUGCGAGCUGGAAGAAGAGCUCAUUACCAAACCGCACAGUCACGUCCUCACUCAAGCCGUCAUUGCGACUGCGAAGGAGGCUGGCGGGGAGGACUACGCAGCUUGCGUGGUAUACUGUCUGCUGGUGGUCCAAAAAUGGUUCAAGAGACAGGCGCUGGCGGAGCUGUGGGAUGCUGACCUCCACGAGGUCCGCGCGGCAGCUGCUGAGAUGAUGGCGAAGCGCAUCAUUGAAGACGAGGAAGACCACAACUACCUUAUGGAGCAUAUCCUGCUCAAGAGGUACUCCAUCUUCGUUGACGGCGAACCCACGGCCCCUGCCAAUGUCAUCGAGCGCGCGGUGGACUUGCAUGCCCUGACCGUCAUUGGGUCCUCUGGCUACCAGAAAUGCAUACAACACCUGUGGAGGGGCUGGCUGGUCCAGGACGACGAAGACCCCAGUCGCUUCGUCCACUGGGAGAACAAGACGAAUACCUCUUACUGGUCGCACUUGGACCCUGACCGUAUGAGAGUCCCACGAUACCAGAACGCCCUCCAAAUUGCCAUCUCUGUCGCCUUCCUUGCGCUCUACACAGGUGCCAUCAACACCAUCAAUCCCUCGGGCGAUCUCGAUGUUGUCGAAGUGUUGUUGUACAUUUUCACUCUCGGCUUCAUCUGCGACGAAACAGCCAAGCUGUGGAAGGUCGGCCGCUACUACAUUGGCUUCUGGAACGUGUUCAACUCCACGCUAUACGCACUUCUGGCGACCUCCUUCGUCCUGCGCAUGUGUGCCUACGGAGCUGGACACGAUGAGGAAAAGCGAGGACACUUCAACACGCUCAGCUAUGACUUCCUCGCCUUUGGAGCGCCCAUGUUCUGGAUGCGACUCCUCUUGUACCUCGACACCUUCCGCUUCUUUGGCGCCAUGCUCGUCGUGCUCAAGGUCAUGAUGCGCGAAUCCCUCAUUUUCUUCGCCCUCCUCAUCGUCGUGAUCAUCGGCUUCCUGCAAGCAUUCGUCGGUCUCGACCUCACCGACAACUCGCUCCAAGACUCUGGCUUCGUCAUCCAAGCUAUGCUCAACGCCAUCAUGCAGAGCCCCGAGUUCGAUGGCUUUGAGCGCUUCCAGCACCCCUUCGGUCUGAUCCUAUACUACAUCUUCACCUUCGUCGUCAUGGUCAUCCUUCUCAACGUCCUCAUCGCGCUGUACAACUCCGCGUACGAAGACAUCACCGAGAACGCCAUCGACGAGUAUAUGGCGCUCUUCUCCCAGAAAACCAUGCAAUUCGUGCGCGCACCCGACGAAAACGUCUUCAUCGCGCCCUUCAAUCUCAUCGAGAUGUUUGUGCUCAUCCUCCCCUUCGAAUGGUGGCUCCCCCGCCAACAGUACGACCGUCUGAACGACUACGUCAUGGGCUUCAUCUACAGCCCGCUGCUGAUCGUGACGGCGUGGCUGGAAACCUGCGCCGCGCAUACGGUCCGCACGAACCGCAAGCGCGGCGAGGACGACGACGACGUCAUCCAGGAGUGGGAGCAGGUCAUGGGCGAGUGCGACUUCGAGGCCGACGGGUGGGACAAGAAGGUGCAGUCCACGAAGCCGAAUGUCGAGUUCGACACUGCGGUGCUCGAGGUCCGGAAGCUGCAGCAGGAGGUGUCCGAGCUGAAGGAGAUUCUGCUGGAAAUGAGGGAUAAGGCGAAUUGGGGGAGUGAUACGCUGAAGGAGAGCAAGAUUGAGGAGAAGGGUGAGAGCAGUGAGAGUGUCGCGAGGGAGGAGUAA